GGUUUCCGUAGUGGCGGUUCCUGUUGGACGGAGCGUCAAAUGUCAACAUCUUCAUCUUUUUGAAGGAUUAUUUCUAGCUGCAGCUGCUGCCAUGGAGGAGGCCACAUGUCUGGUGUCCACCGGAGACUGCGUGAAGAUCUGGGAUGCUGUUUCCAUGGCACCACUGGAGCAGUUUAACCCACACAGCAGCAGCCAUCCUGUCGCUCAGGCCUGCUGGAGCUCCAACAACCAGUACCUUGUGAGUGCCAGCAGCAGCGGAGACAAACUGGUGGUUUCUGGACUGAAGUCCAGUCCCGUCCCGGUGGUGGAGCUGGCCGAUGGGAAACAACAGACCCGAGUGUGUCUGAGCUCUUCAUCUCAGUUUCUGGUCAGCGGCGGUCUGGAUCAUUGUGUCCACAUCUGGGACCUAAAGUCCAAGAGGCUUCACCGCUCCCUCAGGGACCAUAAGGAGGAGGUGACCUGUGUGUCGUUUAACGCCAACGACAGCUGCGUCGCUUCUGGAUCCACCAGCGGGGAUCUGGUCCUCCACAGUCUGACCACCAACCUGUCCAGUAGAGCGUUCGGCCACGGACCCAACCAGCCCAUCCAUGACCUGCGGAUGUCCCCAGUGAAGCGCUCUCUGCUGGGCAGUGUCUCUGACAGCGGUACGGUGGUUCUGUGGGACGCCAACACCCAGAAGGAGCUGCACACGUUCGAUGGCUCCCACAAGGCUCCCGGGUCAGGUCUGGUCUUCUCCCCCACCAGUGAACUGCUGGUUGUCAGCGUCGGCCUUGACAAGAAGAUCAUCUUCUACGACACGGCCAGCAGGAUAGUUCUAAGGUCCAUCCGGGUGGACAGUCCUCUGACCUCGGUGGACUUCUCGUUAGAUGGUACCGGUCUGGUGGUUGGUUCUACUCAGGGGAAGGUCUACCACUACGACCUGAGGAACUCCAGCACCCCCACCAAGGUCACCUUAGCCCACAAGACCUCCGUGACUUGCCUGCGCUUCCAGAGCAACACCAGCAGACACAAGUCCGGCAAACUGGGUCCCUCUAAGGUCUCCGGUACAAAAAGGUCCAGCUCCAAGCUGUCCGGCAGCCACACAGACUCCACCCCCAGCUCAGGCCCCGCCUCCCACAGACAGGUGUCAAUUACAGCAGGGGGCGCUGCUGUGGAGGGCGCGAGUCGGGAGGCCGAAGGUCAGCCCACACAGACGUUCAGCAGCGUGGGACGGAACAGUCUGGACAUCUUCUCUCCAGUUCGAGAAGGUUCUGACUCGGGGAACCAGGGGAAGACCGGAGAGACCCUAACUGGACGAACGAACGUAACCAGAGAAGGAGAGGGUCAGCCACUGAUUGGUCGGGGCAGUCUGGACAUCUUCUCCCCGGUCCGAGAAGACCCAGGAACCGGGCCACAGCGUAGAACCCCCCUGGGGAACCAGCUGGCGGCUUCAGCGGGGUGGAGCUACAGCCCGUCGGUCUUCCAGUCCCCGCUGCCAAUCAAAGAGGAGGAGCCAACCACUGCUGGAGCAGUGGAACCAUGUGACCCCAAGAGUCAGGCUGACCUGAGCAGCGGCUCCGGUUUGGACGGGGAACCUCAGACUCUGCCCACAUCAUCCCAACAGACCAAUCAGAAUCAGCCAGCCCCACACUUCACUCCAGAGGCCAGCCUCCGCAGGACCAAUGGCGUUCAGACUCAACCAUGCUAUAGCUCACCUGUCCACAUUGCUCCGCCCACUGUAGCAGGUCCAUCUGUGACACUGUCCCAGAAUGUGGUGGGCGUGGCUGGACAAGGAGGGGCUGCUCCAUUCUCCGCCCUGCAGGUCCACUUCAUCCAGAACAUGAUCCAUGAGACUCUGGAGGAGUUCAGGAACUCGUGCCACCAGGACAUCAUCAACCUGCAGGUGGAGAUGAUCCGACAGUUCUACAUCCAGCUGACGGAGAUCCACGGUCUGAUAGAGAAACAUUCGGUUAACGAGUCUCUGGUGGAGGAGAUCGAGAGGCUUCGGGAGGAGAACCGGCGCCUGCGAGCGAACUUCUGACCGUGAGCCCUCUCAGCCCAGAGCUGAGUCUUGCAGGCUGAAGACUCUGAGUGUUAGCAUCCUGCUGCAGACGCGUUUCUGAAUGAGGCUGCAGCACAAUCUGGACAUUUUUACUCAGAAAUAUUUGUGUGAGAAAAUAAAGACUUGUAUAGAAAGCA